AUGAAUUCCACAAGGAAAUCAUCUCAGGAGGAAGGGCUCAUACUUGGAUCCAGAAAAUAUCAACAUAGCCAAAGAAAAACAAUCAAGACAUACCUCCAGGAGCUAUGUAACAGCAACCGGAAAGAGAAACAAUGGUGUGUUCCUAUGUGGGAAAUAAAGAGCCGGGGCUCAGGGGGCUCCACACCUGCACCUCCUUCUCACCUGCUCCUCUACCUGCUCCACCUUCAAUCCACCAGAACCAUGGGCUGCUGUGGCUGCUCCAGAGGCUGUGGCUCCAGCUGUGGAGGCUGUGACUCCAGCUGUGGGAGCUGUGGCUCUGGCUGCGGGGGCUGUGGCCCCAGCUGCUGUGCACCCGUCUGCUGCUGCAAGCCCGUGUGCUGCUGUGUUCCAGCCUGUUCCUGCUCUAGCUGUGGCAAGGGGGGCUGUGGCUCCUGUGGGGGCUCCAAGGGAGGCUGUGGUUCUUGUGGCUGCUCCCAGUGCAGUUGCUGCAAGCCCUGCUGUUGCUCUUCAGGCUGUGGGUCAUCCUGCUGCCAGUCCAGCUGCUGCAAGCCCUACUGCUCCCAGUGCAGCUGCUGUAAGCCCUGUUGCUCCUCCUCGGGUUGUGGGUCAUCCUGCUGCCAAUCCAGCUGCUGUAAGCCCUGCUGCUCCUCCUCAGGCUGUGGGUCAUCCUGCUACCAAUCCAGCUGCUGCAAGCCCUGCUGCUCAUCCUCAGGCUGUGGGUCAUCCUGCUGCCAGUCCAGCUGCUGCAAGCCCUGCUGCUCCCAGUCCAGAUACUGUGUCCCUGUGUGCUACCAGUGCAAGAUCUGA